AUGGCUUUUAAACAAGAAUUUUUUACCUUAAACAACGGGAACAAGAUUCCUGCCAUUGCCGUUAUCGGAACAGGGACUAGAUGGUUUAAGACUGAGGAAACCGAUGCUACGUUCAGUCAACAACUUGUCGAUGAACUUAAGGUGGCUUUAACUUUACCAGGGAUUGUUCACAUUGAUGCUGCUGAAAUUUACAGAACGUAUCCAGAAGUCGCAGCUGCUUUAAGAGAGUCCAAUAGACCAAGAGAUGAAAUAUUUAUCACUGACAAGUAUUCCACUCAAUUGAAAUUGUCCGACGAUCCUAUUGCUGGAUUAAACAUUAGUUUGAAGACUUUAGGUUUGGAUUAUGUCGAUUUGUACUUGCUGCAUUCCCCUUUCAUCAAAAACGGUUCCACUCUCGAAGAGUGCUGGAAACAAAUGGAAAAACUUUACAAGAGUGGGAAAGCCAAGAAUAUCGGUGUUUCCAACUUCAGAGUGGAAGAUCUAGAAAAGAUCUUAAAAAUAGCUACAAUUAAACCACAGAUCAAUCAAAUUGAAUUUAAUGCCGCCUUACAAAACCAAUCACCAGGCAUUGUCAAGUUUUGUAAGGAAAACAAUAUUCAACUAGAGGCUUAUACUCCUUUAGGUCCUUUCCAAAGAAUCCAAGAUACUCCUGAGGCAAAACCCUUUUACGAUUACAUCGCUGAAUUGUCUAAAAAGUAUAAUAAGACAGAAGCUCAAAUCUUAUUACGUUGGGUAACCAAACGUGGUAUUCUUCCAGUGACUACAUCUUCCAAACCUCAGAGACUUCAUGAUGCUCAAAAUCUCUUCAGUUUCGACCUAGAAUCUUCAGAAGUUGAUAAGAUUACUGAACUCGGAUUAAAACUAAAAGCUACCAGACUUUAUUGGAAUGAUCAAUACGAUAAAUAUAAUGUUGAUUCUCAAAAAAUCUAA